GUAAGGAGUGAAAGGGGGAGAUCUGACUUGCCAGAGGUGCGAGUGACAACACAUCAACGUGUUUCCAGAAAGUACUUGUGGUUGAACUUGAGGCCUCCUUCACUUCAAGGACAGAGAAACAGAGAAACAGAGAGAGAGAGAGAGAGAGAGAGAGAGAGUGGGGUGGGAGGAUCACUCACACUAUUUACCCAUCAUCCACCAACUCAGUCAUGAGUCUCAUUGCUGCUUGCUCAUCUCAUCUCAUCUCAUCUCAGAUAGAGACAGAGAUUGACAAAGCAGAAUGACCAGAAUGCCCUCGAUGGCAUUAAUCCCCAAAUCCAAAACAAGAUGCCAGUCUUCCCUCCUCCUGAGUAGUCCUACUGGUGACUGGGACUGGCCGCCUCUCCUUCUCCCUUUCCCCUUCCCCUCUGCACUGCCAUCAAUAAUCUCCUAAAUUAAAAAAAAAUAAAGAAAUGGGUGAUCAUCAGACGUUCUGGUGCCACGAAUGCGACAUGAGCGUGAGCCUGGUGCCUUGUUCUGCCCAGGAGACUCUGCUCUGCCCUCACUGCUUCAGCGAUCUCUUGGAGCUCAUGGAUUCUUCGUCUUCUUCUUCUUCUUCUUUUUCUGACCAUCAGCACAACUCACAAGACAACUUCUUGCUCAACAGCCCAUUCCUCCACCGCCUCAUCCACCACCUCUCCACCCACCCCAUCAACCACGACGACCGCCUCCCUUCACCCACCGCCGCCGUCCCCCCUUCUUCUCUGCCUGCCUCCAAGGCCUCCGUCGACGCCAUCCCCACUCUCAAGAUCACCUCCUCCAUGCUCGAUCUCGACCCCCUUCUCCUCUGCGCCGUUUGUAAGGACCCAUUCCUUCACUCCGUCGACGCCAAGCAGCUCCCUUGCAACCAUCUCUACCAUCCCCACUGCAUUCUCCCCUGGCUCUCUUCCCACAGCUCUUGCCCCCUCUGCCGUUUCCAGCUCCCCACCGACACUCACCAACCACACCUACGACACCAAAACCAAAACACCCCCUUGCCCUUCGACGACGACGACGAUGAUCAGUACGAUUGGUUCAUGGAAUAUGGAUCCCAUGGGGGCAGUCUCCGCCUCAGCUACAUUGCUGCCAGUGGAAGGCAAAUGGCCAACCCAGGAGAAAUGGCUCCCGCUGCCUCCCCCAAUGUCAAUACCAAUGCCAAUGCCGACUCAUCUUUCAACGGAAAUUUGUAGUUAGAUCUGUUUUGAGGAAACUUGAGUGUCACCAUAAAAUUGAAGUGUAAAUCUGCAGAGGAUGGUUAUGCCACUUUUUCCUGCUUACCUUUUCCUUGGUCUAGGUCAACUAGUCAGCACCCUGAUCAUAUGUGAUAAUCGUGCAUUAUCCCCUCCCUUCUCUCCUUUACAGAGCUGGGGUUAAAGUAUGUGUAUACCUUUUUCGUCUUCAAUUUCAGUUAAUAAAUGGAAGGCUUGUCUGCCUCUUUGGUUUGUGAUGCCGCAAAGUUGUUUUAACCUCGUUUGUUCCUUGAAUCGGUCAACCUUUGAUCUGACUACUGUUCUGUGAUGUCGCUUCUUUCCAUCAUUAUCUCUUUUAACAAGGGGAGUUUGUUACCUGUGGUGAUGUAUGUGUGUUCUGGAUCUGAAAAGUAGCAGUUCACAUUCCCCACCGGCUUAUCCACCCAGGAACGCAGCUUCGUUUUGUAAUCCAAAUAACAGGUUUUGUGCCAGUUCUGCCAUGAUUAGGUUUUAAUUGAAAGAUUAUCGCAUCGACCGUUAUGUACUGUAACUGAUCACGCUCUCAGCUCUUUUAUUAUUUUUUCUUUGUAAAUCUGUAUUUUUGGGGUGGGAAGGGAUGGCGUUUGAACAAAGUGAGGCAGCCUGUCCUAGUAUGUUUUAGGUCAAUAAAAGGAUUGUUGAAAAGUUUAACAUGAAUAUUCGGAUUGACCAUUUGUUGAGAA